AAUACUUGGCCAGGUAGACUAGCUCAUUACUGUCAUUGAAUAUGACAUAUUUAAAAUAAUGUUCGAUUCCCUUGUGAUAAAUUAAUUUAUAAGAUUUAAAAUUAAAGAAGCUUAAGAUGAUCGAGUUCGAGAAUUAUAGAAGUAAUGUGGAUAUGAACGACAAAUAUGAUUACAAGGAUAUUAAAGUUUGUAACAGUGUCGUGUAUACCGGAUCAACUGAAAGGAUAUUUGAAAAGCCACAAAAAAAGGAGCGUACAUCACCGUUACUGGCGGCAGCGGUUAUCGGUCUUGAUAACACAGCAAUUCCUAUACCUCAGCACUCAAAAAACAUUGAAAUCUGGACAGAUCAUGAUGCACAAGAAAUAUUUUUGGACACCAAACCUACAUGCUACGUAAUCUUUGGUAAAUAUGGCGCUGGGCCAUAUAAACUUGGUGAAGCUUUAUCUAAAGAACUAAAUUGUAUUCACUUCUGUCCAGAAACUAUUAUUUCUGACGAGUUGGAACAAAGGAGUGCAACUGGAAAAGCUUUGGAUUUUAACAUGAAACAUAAUAUUCCAUGCACGUUUGAUGUCUUGCUGAAAAUGUUAAAAAUUAAAGUACAGUCGCCUGCGGUUCAACAUAGAGGAUAUGUGAUAUCGGGCAUCCCUUUAGUAACAUCCACUAAAAAUAAACUCUAUUAUGUCAGAUCAACAUAUGGCGAGGAAGGCUUGUCAAUAGUAGAAGAACUCUUGUUUGAUAUAAUCUGUAAUUUAAAGAAAAAGAAACAUAAAGCAUCUUCUCCUCCCAAAACAUCUAAAAGCAGCCAAUUAUCUGUUCCUGUGAACGAAGGAGAAGAAGAAGAAGAAGAAGAGGAAGAAGAAGAAGAAGAAGAAGAGCACACUGAAGAAGAAGGUAUAGAAGAGGAGGAAGUUCCGCCUCCUGUACUGCCGAAAUUUGCACUUGACUUCUGUUCUGAUGUUAUGGACCAUAAGAAAGGCUACUGUGAAACCAAGCAAUCUAUGCUCCUGACCCAGAUUGAAGAACUAUUCAAUCUGAGUUUAAAACCUGACAUUAUCAUCCAUGUUACCUGCCCAGAUGUUGAUCUGCUGACCAUAAGAAGACAUACAUAUGUGAACCACAGAACAGGCCAAAACUAUAUGAAACCGUUUGAAUCCAACUAUGUAUCAGAUUUAAGAAGGCCUCCUAAGGGUGUAAUGAGUGAUUUCGAGUAUUCUCAUGAGUCACAUGUUUUUAACCCAAAAUAUAGUUGCAGAUUGCCCAGUAAUUUCGAAGAAACAGUCUUUAAUCAAACCUGCAACUAUCAAAAGAUGGUGUUCCCGUUUAUGCAUAAGAAAAUGACAGACUUUAAUCCGAAAAUGGUCAUAGAAUUAGACGCCCGGACAAAUGUGCACAAAAUGCUGCAUAAUCUACUGGAAAGACUUGUAUUAUUACACGUUCAGCCAGUUAUCAUUCCGGAACCAUUGAAUUUAGAAGAACCCAUGUAUGAUAUGGAAGAAUUUUGGACAUCGGUGUCGGAAAUGAAUAUUAUAACUCAGGGUGUUGUUAAGUUCAAACGCACAGCAUCACAUUGGUUUAACCGAUGUCCAGUUGAACUCAAACUGAGGCGCUCUUUAGUAGGGAAUCAGAAAUAUACAAUGGCGUUUUUUAAACACGUGUAUGUGAUGGCAUCGCUUAAAAACUAUAUUUCAUUUUACCUUAAUCCUCGUCCUUAUUUGAAAUUAAAGUAUUUAGAACCGACUUGCAGAGUCGUAAUAAUUGGAACAAAAUCUUCCGGUAAAUCUCUGAUCGCGGAAUGUCUAUCGUGGAUUUUUGACUGUCCGAUAACAAAUUUUAAAGAUUUAUUGGAAAACGCAAAACGAAAGAAAUAUGAGCUUUUCGCUCAGUCUAUUUUAUCUGAAAUAAUAGCAACUAUAGAAGAUGCCCGGUAUCGAGACUGGCAGAAGAGUGAGUCUGACAGAGUAGCCAAAUUAAACACAUGGACUAUCCAAGUUCUAAAGCUAUUGAACCAAUAUUAUCAACUAGUAACAAGUAUAGGAAAACAGGAAAAAGAAAAAAAGCCAGUCAAAAAAGCAGGACGAGUGAGGAAAAUAGAAGAAGAGCAACUAGUUGAUGAAAAUAAAUUAAAGCCUCUUGAUCAUGACGAAGGCCAGCGUCCCGCCCUAGAAGAACAGCAACUAUCAACGCAAGAAGAAAACCAGCCAAUAGAAAUAGAAAAAGAGAAGGAAAAAGAAUUUACUGAUACUCAAAAGCCACUAGUUUUGGACCCCAAAAUUCAAAUGAAAGUUAAUGCUCUCAGACAGCGACUUGCUUUUCUACCUAUACUUGAUGACUUGAAAGAAUGUGAAAUAGCUAUUUCUACUAAAAAUGUUUUAAAGUAUGCGCCAGCCGAAUUAUCUACGGCGCGAAAUAAACCUGCUAUACCUAUUCUAGGUGACGAGGACGUAACUAUAGCUAUAUCAAAUUAUAUCCUCAUAAACGAUUUAAAAAAUGAACUUCAGCCUACUAGUGAGGAAAUCAUGUCAGAAAUAGUAAAAAUUAUAAAUACAGUUGACACAAAUCAAGAGCAAGAAACAAAAGGUAACGAAUUAUAUGGAAAAUAUAUAAUUGAUGGAUUACUUUCUGAUCCUGAAUAUUGGAGCCAUCUUAAUAAUAAAAAAUUAAUGCCUGAUUUCACCAUCGCAUUAAUUGAAAAUAAAGAAAUCGAUCAGGAAUUAAUGCAAUAUUACGUUAAUGCUGAAAGAUACAUUAAAUAUUAUGCUGACAAAAUCUUACUCGCCAACGACCCACUUAUUGAGACGAGACUAGUGAUUGAGAAGUCUCAGCCAAAUACUGUCUUUGAUAUUGUAGGAGGUAUUACUGAUUAUAUUAUCAACCGAGCUCUAAAUUCUCUUGUUGCUCCAUAUCGUCAGUCAGUGCCUGACUCUCUAAUUGAAUCUUUUAGUGAAUCUGUAGAUAAAUUCCGGGAAGAUUGGGACAGUUUGAAAAUAAAGUUAGAGGAUCGAUCGAAAUCUUAUAUUGAGGUAGAACUUGAAAAUAAAACGGAUGUAGAAAUUGUAGAAGAAGUGUUAUUAAAGUUACGUAAUAGUUAUACUUACAUGCCACCGGCAUCUGUAGAUGAAGAGGACGACAGAGCUCGUGAUGAUAUCGCUACUAAAGAUCUUAUGACCUACAAUGACUCGAAAUUCUAUUGUGAAACUUACUUUUACAGCCCCGUAACUUUUUAUAUACGUGAUACGUUAUGGGAAGGAAACCCUUUGUUUUCUGUAUUAUGUGACAAUAAAGUUCAUAACUUUGCUAAUGAUUUGUUCCUUGAAAAGUUUAGACAGGACAAAACCCGAUACCAAUCAUAUAAUAAUCCAUUCAAAGUAUUUCCCAAAAUAAGAAUAUGUAUCACUGGGGGUAUUGGGUGUGGAGCGACAGUUUUAUCAAAGAAAAUUGCUAAAGAGCUUGGCCUACUGUACAUUAAUUUUGCAGACAUAAUAAACGAUUAUAUGAAACCAAAACAUUUUAAAAAUGUGGGACGAAAAUAUGAAAAUAUGUUCACAGACAAACCUUUCGAUGAAGAUGGUGUUGUAGAAUUUCAGGUAGCUGAAGAAGAUGAAAAACAGAUGGAUGAUAUUUUGAGUAAUGAAACUGAAAUGAGAAGAAUGAUCCAGAGUUAUUUUGAUCGCGGAACGCCUCUUUUAUCACGUCUCACUGUAUUGAUGAUUAGAAAGAUAUGGUUUGAUCCAUUUGUACCUGUUGGUUUCGUUCUAGAUGGUUAUCCAAGAAUACCAAGCGACUUCGACGACAUGCUAUCUCUAUUUAGUAUGCCUGAUAUAGUGAUACAUCUAGAAUCUAAUUCUGAAGUUGCUAUCAAACGAAUGGCUCCUAUUAUGUUUAACCAAUGGAAAAACCAACAAAUAGAAGCAAAGAAAAAAGCUAAUAAUAAGUUAAAGAAAGAACAUGAAGAAUGGACAAAAAAAAUUACUCAGAAAACUGUAGUUAAGCUGAUAAUGGAAGAAAUUUUAAAAAACAUGUUUAUUGUUCAAGAUAGGGCCAAACUUCUUACAAAUGACAGUGUUAUAAUUGAUGCACAUCCAACGGGAUCAUCAAAUGUAGAUCCCCUACUGUUUAAGGCUUACAAUGAGCUUAUUCAAGAAUAUCCAGAGCCGCAGGAUACUAAUGUUUGGGAAACGUAUGAGGAAGCGCGCGAGAGAAUCGAAUCCAGAAUUGAUGUAUCAUACGAAAUUGAUGAUGCAAAUAUACAAGCUAUGAAAGAAUUGAUAGAAGAACAAAAGAUUAAAAUGGUUACCAUAGAUGGUACAAAGCCAGAGCAUAAAGUGUUUAGAGAGUGUCUUACAAAUCUGAUGUUUUUAAAAAAUAGAUGUGAAUCACUCUUAGAACAAACAUUUAUUGUAAGCAUUGAAACCGCUGACCUAUUGUUACAGAAAGGAUUCUGUUUCUUUAGUAAAUUUAAUCGCAUUUGUCCUGUUCAUAUUUAUUAUUCACCAAAUUCUGUUCAAAAUACUUAUAAAAUAGCCAAACGCAAGGGUACCCUUUUCCCAGUAGUUCAUAGAUCGUUUGUUUAUUUUAUUUGCAAGAAAGAAUAUGUUAUUAAAUUUAGAACAAAUCCUCUCAGAUAUAUAACUUCUAAAGCUAUCGAAUCCUACUGUGAAUAUCCAUUGAGAAUAAGUGUUAUAGGGACUCCUAAAUCGGGCGUCAGCACACUAGCUAGCAAAAUAGCUCAAGAUAAUUGUAUAAUAUACAUAUCUAAAGGAGCUGCGUUGCGAAAUGUUUUAGAAAAUAUGGCGUGGACUGAACUGGCUUCUCAAUUGAGGGCACAGUUAGAAGAAGGAAAAUUACUUGACCAGGACGUUAUUGUAAAAGCUAUACAAUCAGCAGCUAUUGACCAUCGUACCGUUACGUACGGUUUCAUUUAUGAUGGAAUACCGGAAACACCCUAUCGGGCCAAAGCUUUGGUCAAAAACGGUCUGUACCCGAACAUAAUAUUUGAUCUGAAUGCUACUAAAGACAAAAUUGUGACCAAUGCUCUUGGCGAAGUGAAUUAUGAUGUUUUGAAAUAUCGACCAACGUUUCCAAAACCUCUUAUUGAAAAAAGAUACGAGAAUUGGAAGCUAAGAAGUUACCAUAUUAGGGAAUGGAUAGCUGAUGAUUAUCAAAACCUUAGCCUUGUAGAUGCUAACCAAAGUAAAUGGAAAGUUUUUAAGGAUGUUGACAACAGCAUAUUUGAACUUGCUCAAAGAAUACAUUUUUAUUUAGCCCGUAUUGAUAAAACUAUCGUGCGUGCCAUGUGGGUUUCUAACGAAACUUUUGCUGAAAGACAAUCCUCAUACAGAAAUCUGUGUCCAGUGUGUUUUCAUAAAAGAACGAUCAGACACAGUGAUUAUCCCCCAGAUAAAAAAGGGGUUGUUCAGUACAAAAAUACUUUUUAUUGGAUUUGUGAUGAGCAUAUAGAGUCGGUCAUGAUGUUCCCGCAUGUUCACUUGAUGCACCGGGAUAUAGAAAUCCCUGAAAUCGCAGCGGUGGUCAAAACAAUUAGUAAACAAUAUUUAUAUGAAAAGGGAAUAUGUAUUGUCACGUACGCGGAGCAUUUACCAGCGCAAAAAGUGGUAGCCGGGAUUCUUGAUUACGCUUGUCGCUAUCGUCAAAAAGCGUAUUUAUUCUGUAGUAAAGAGUGUUUCACUAAGUUUCUAGCAAAACCUCAAUUAUAUUACGAUAUCAAAGUUUUUAAGGAAGCUAAAAGCUUUCAAAAACUGAGCUUAAAAAAAUUGCCGCACCUUGGAUACUUGGAACAAACGUUGGGCAAUAUAUUAACUGAUGCAUGUUGUUCUGUUAAUGUGUUCAGACCGAAAUAUCCGGGACUUACUUUUCAGCAGUCUGCAUUCAUUUUCAUAGGACUGUUUCUAAAGGCCAAUGACCCGCUCAUGAGUGAAGAAAAGAGGGCACGCUAUCAUAAAGUCUUCACCGUAUUUGAAGCCCGUUGCAAAAUGUUGAACCGCGCAGGAUUGAUUUUAAGAUCUAUGAACAAUCCUUUUACACCUUAUCCUAAAUGUCACCAUCCAGAACCGACUCUUGUACCAAUGGAACAACAAGAAUUGUGUUCAGUUACAAUACAAAGACCUUCGCUCGCACCUCGAUUGUCAAAUUAUGUUCAAAAACACAGACAAUCUAUCAUUCCAGAAAAACGGCGCUCAACUGUUACGGGUGCAAUGAUAAGGUUAUAAUUUAGGUGACAUCGACUUAUUCUUAAAUAAGAUUUUCUUUACCGAUUUACAUUACAUUUUGUCUGACA